AUGCUCCAGCAGUUGGAAAGGACUGUAACUGAGGGAUUUCGUAUGUUCAAUAUCAGAGAGCCUACCCAGCUGCUGCCUAGUAUCGUAGAUCGAGGGUCUAUGAAAAGGGAGACUAGCUCUUUUGUUAAGGACACAGAAAUACAUGGGAGGAAAGAAGAAGGGGAGGAGUUAGUCAAGCUGUUGAUAUCUUCUGAUGCUAAGCAGGUUGAAGGAGGAUACGCAGCUUGCGUUUCGAUAAUUGGUCAUGGAGGAAUUGGUAAGACGACUCUCGCUCAAUUUGCAUACAAUGAUAAGAGGGUAGUGCAACACUUUGAUGUUAGGAUGUGGAUUUUUGUUUCUGUUGACUUCAACAUCACAAAGAUCAUGAAAGGAAUUAUUGAAUCUGUAACAAAGAGUAAGUGUGAGAUCACCGGGAUUGACGAACUUCAGUCUCAGGUUUGGAAUUCCCUGCACAAGAAAAAAUUUCUCCUCGUGUUAGAUGAUGUAUGGACUGAAGAUCCGGAUGAUUGGGAAAAGCUAACACCUUUGUUUAGAGAGGGAGUUGAUGGAUGCAAGAUCGUUGUCACCACUCGCAGCAGAAAGAUCCCGUUGAUGAUGGGCAGCUCAAUUCAGUAUCAGUUGAACGGUUUACCGUUUGGUGAUUGCUUGGCUUUGUUUAAUCAAAGGGCUUUUGGAAGAGGAGAAGAAGAAAAGUAUCCACACCUUGUUCUGAUUGGGAAGCAGAUUGUCAAAAAAUGUGGAGGGUUGCCAUUAGCAGUAAAAAGCUUGGGAAGUGUACUGCGCUUUAAAUGA